AGGAAAAAAAAGUCGAGUGACACCGGCCGUCCUUUUGGUUGUCUGCCACUCAGAACGCGAGUUUCAGGGGUUGACUCAUCAGGGCAGGUCCGGUACUAAUAGAUUGAGGUAUCUCCCUUGUAGUAGCUACCAGUGCGAGAUUUUCAUACCAUACUGGUAGAAAAUAAUAAACCACUUCCGGACGAGCGUGACCGAAAUCUAUCAUAUUCAGUUCGAGAUUAAAUUAUCCAUCAACCCACGAACCAUCUCGACCAUGGGUAGAAGAACAUCUACAGCGAUGAUGCGAAUUGCGAUCGCGGGUGCUGGGGGCUUUGCCUCUCUUCUAGCUCAGGAGCUCUCCCGUAGCGCCUACGCCAUAAUCGUUCUUUCGACAAAGGAACACCCGGAAUUCGAAGCCAGUUACGAUUGUCAGGUAGCCGUAGUCGACUACAACAUCCUCGAGGACCUUCAGUUCACUCUCGAGGGUGUCGACCUUGUGAUAUCCACCAUCUCCGGCGCAGAACAACUUAACCUCAUCGAUGCAGCUAGAAGGGCUCGCGUGCGCUGCUUUGUACCUUCCGAAUUUGAGGGCGCCAUUGGCCGUAGACCACCAACAGGGACUGACCCUUUCGACAAUGAUUCAUCGACUGCUCUAGAGCAGCUUCGACAUUGGUCACAAUCUAGACAACACUCGAUGAAAUACACCGUAUUCUCUUGCGGUAUCUUCUACGAACGGUUCGCCCCUGGCGGUCUUCAAGCAUUCAACAUGGGCAUCACAUGCCGGAUUCGAAACCAGGGAGACUACAUGAUAGAUGUAGGACAGGGGAUUGCCGAAGUCCCGGAAGCCACUCCUCAAGGCCACCCUAUAUACAUUGUAAUGACAUCAGCAAUUGAUGUGGCACGGUUUGUCGCGGCGGCGGUCGAGCUUGGUAUCGAUACUUGGCCAAGAGAGUUCAGAAUGCGUGGCACCCGCAUGACGACUCGGAGACUUCACGAGAUCUGUAGCGAGGUCCGAGGAGUCGAAUUCGAUGUGAUCACGAGACCAUACGAUCAGAUCGAGCAGUGGCUUCGCUACUACGAGCAGAGUCGGGACGAGGCUAAAUGGUUCUCGAUGCAACAUCUUCUGCAGACUGCCAACGGCCGCUACACUUUCGGGGACACGAAUUUGAACGAUGCAGUGGAUGUACAACCUACGAACUUUCGUCAGUGGCUAUACAACACUUGGGGCCCGGCGUAAUAAUACCAGUCUUUCCGGUUCAGGUGGGCUUGGAUGGCUAACUAUCGUGUACGCCACUCGGACAGCCGUCUAUGUAUUUGUCGACUAUUCUGCCUGCGAUCGGCAUCUUGAACUGGUUGCCCGUUCCACUAGCCUCGGCGACCCUUUUAAGUGAUCUAGAAUGCAUCAUGGCGGAGUUGAAGAGAAGCAUAUAGUUAUUAC